AUGGUGGAUGAAUCAGAUAUAGAAUUACGACCUGGUUUGGAAAAGGUAUUAUCUUCAUGUCGCGACUCGAAAAUUCCGUUCCUUGUCUUUUCAGCUGGUAUUGGUGAUUUGAUUGAACGUGUGUUACUGAAACGACAAAUGAUGUACGAUAAUAUGCACCUUGUAUCCAAUAUGAUGAAAUUCAAUCAAGCCGAUAUCUGUGUUGGUUUCAAUGCGCCUUUGAUCCAUGUCCUCAACAAGUCCGAAGUCCAAGUAGAACAAACACCUUAUGCCUCCCAGAUUGAAACUCGACCCAAUGUGAUCCUGAUUGGUGAUUCCUGUGCUGAUACACAAAUGGCCCAUGGUAUCAAACAUGAUUGUUGCUUGAAUAUUGGCCUUCUAAACCACGAUAUUGAACAUUUGGAACCUAGAUAUUUACAAACCUUUGAUAUUGUCAUUGAAGGUGAUGCCAAUUUGAAUCCUAUCUUGGCCAUUCUAGAUAGUAUCUGA